AUGGACCCGGUCGCUGAUAAGUUAUCGUGUCUAGACGACUUGCAGAGGCACGCUGGAGGGAAGCUUGCGGAGAUCAGCGAGUGGCUCAAAACGUCAGCCUGUGUUUCAAGAUACGACGUACCCAACACGAUCGGCUACCGCGAAAAGCCCGUCCCCCCCACGGACCGAACGCUCUCCCUCCUUUCCAAAGCGCAUGCCGCCUGGCACACCUACCACAGCACCCACCACAGCCCCCACUCCGCCUCCGCCGCUUCCGCCUCCGCGCCCAACCGCCCGCCCUCCGCCGUGCAUGCGAGGGAUCUGCGUAAGCUUGUAGAGAGCACCGCGGGCGGGUCGCUGGACGAUCCUUCUGCCACUGGCGCAUGCGUGCCGUUCUCCAAGCGGGAAGGCGCAGGGGGAGUGGAGGCGGGGGGUGGCGGAGGUGCGGUGACCGGGACGGGGGCGGGGAUGGGGACAGGGGCGGGAACUGAGGCGGGUUCAGCGCACCCUGUGGCGGCGAAAGCAGGUCCGGCGGACGAUUUGAGGCGGAAGCUUCUCGCGUCGAGCUCAGCGCGAGGUCCGGCAGGUGCAACACCGAGAGACAGGGUAACCGCACACCGGCGAGCUUCGUCUGUGUCGUUUUUCGCCCCAGGCGCAUCCGAUUUCGGGACGGGUAUGGACAGUCCGCCUCACGGGUUUCAUUCUGGGACGGGGAGCCCUAGCGGUGGGAGCGGCGGGGGUGGCGGGGGUGCGGGGAUUGGUGGAAGUGGUAAACCCCCCUCUCUAAGCCCUCGCAUGCAGCAGCCGCCUUCGUCGCAGUUCGCAGCGUUUCCCGGCAGCAGCAGCGCAGGGGGAGCGGGCCCGGCGGGGCGUAGGGUUAACAGACACGCCCGAGCGCAGAGCGUCAGUUUCAGCCCGCAUAUGGACUUCAGCAGCAGCAGCAGCGGCGGCGGCGGCGGCGGCAUUACCGGUAGCACAGGUGGCAGUACUGCUAGCGCUUUAGCCCACGGCUCUCCCCCCCACCCUGGCGGAGCAGGGGCGCAAGGGGGAGCCGCCCCUGCGCCCGGCGCAGGGGGAAGCAGGGGAUCGGGGCUGGCGCCGCCGGGACUGGUUAAGGGCGGAAUGGGCAGGGGGGGCCGGCUGGGGCCUUUGGGCGGAGGGGGGCUUGCUGGGGGAAGGGCGGGUCCGGGGAGGGGGAUGGGGCGCGGGGGAUUUUUCAGGAGCGCGUCUGUGGACGGGGGAAGGGGGGCGGAGGAGGAUGGGGGCACGGAUGGUCCGCUGGUGAGGCGGAGGAGUGGCGGAGGGGGGAGGGACCCGCCUGUUGUUGUCAAGCGGGUGGGGAUGCCCCCUUCUGGCCCUGCGACAGGCGCAGGAGGAGGCGGAGGCGGAAGCGGAGGAGGCGGGGGCAGUGGCGGAAGCGCGGGCGUUGACGGAAAGGAGACGUCAGGUGUGCUAGUGAUUGAGGUUGCGAGCAAGGGGGGUGAGGGGGGGAGUGAAGAGGGCAAGGGGAGCGGAAGCAAGGGGCAAGUGGGCAGCAGUGCGGACCAGGAUUCGACAUUCACCUUUCCUCAAUUAGGAGGGGCGAUUGGUGAUCCAGGCUUGGAAGGUGCUUCUAACGGAGGUGAUAAUAACGAAGAGGAGUACACCGCGGAUUUGGACAGUAGUGAGGAUGACUGUGACGAGGAUGAUGGGGAUAUCGUGGAGUGUAAGGCUGCGCCAGGGGCAUCUGCUACAGGGCGAAUGCCACUGAACGUAUCUGUUAACGAGGACGAUGAUAAGGAGGAUGAGGACGACUGUGUGGUUCUAGCCUCGCCUCUCGUUUCCGCCCAGCCGCUGCAGCCACAGCAGGAGCAGAAGUCCCAGCAGCAGCAGCAGCAGCAGCAGCAGCAGCAGCAGCAGCAGCAGCAGCAGCAGCAGCAGCAGCAGCAGCAGCAGCAGCAGCAGCAGCAGCAGCAGCAGCAGCAAGGGACUGAUGCAGCAGCAGGGUCAAAUUCUCCUAACGGGUUUGUAACAGCAGCAGGAGCAGCAGGAGGAGCAGUCAGGAAGCUGAACUGCGAUUUAGCAUCUGGGCAGAACGGCGGGCAGAACGACGGGGAGGAGGAGGACGCGGAUGGGGAUGGGGAUAUCCCACUAGCCUCCCCUCUGGCCAAGUUCCCCCCUGCCAGCCCCCUGAAAGCCCACGCCCACGCCCAUCACCAGCCAUUGCUGAGCCCCCUAAGCCGCGGCCCUCUGGCUUCUAGCUUCAGUGCCAACCCCCCUCGCCCUGGUAGCCCCCUCACACGCGUUCCCCAGCAGCAGCAACCACAGCAGCAGCAGCAGCAGCAGCAGCAGCAGCAGCAGCAGCAGCAGCAGCAGCAGCAGCAGCAGCAGCAGGAGGGUGAGAACAGCGGUGGUGGCGGUUUUGCAGAUUCCUCUGGAGCGGUUGUGAACCAGAACCUGCCGCGGAGGCUGGUGAAAUCAGGCUCGGAGCGGGUGGGUGGGGCUCCGGGGUCGGGAGGAGAUGGCAGCUUCAGAAGCAGCAGCAGUGUUGGUGCUGCUGCUGCUGCUGCUGCUGCUGCUGCUGCUGCUGCUGGCAGCGGCCGUGGUUUCAGCAGUGGCGCGGGUAACGAAACCAGCAGCGUCUCGAGCCCAAGGAGGUUUCUAAAGUCAGGUUCGGAGCGAGGCAUGGCCGGACCAGGAUUUCCCUUGUCGUCCGCCCUUCCUGUAGCCCAGGUUCUCGAAGGCCCUCCGUCAGGCGCUGCUGGGUGUGCAGCAGCAGAGGCUGGGAGCUCAUCAGGGCAUGUGAGUGUGCCCGAGCAAAGGCUUGGAAGGGACAUUCGACACACGCGCAUGCUAGGAAACGGGUCGCUCAAAGAGCAGGGGAGUCGGGGAUGGGUGGAGAGCGGUGGAGGGGGAGGAGGAGGGGUGGGGAUGGGUGCAGGGGGAGCAGGAGGGCAUGGGUCGAGGUUGGGAGGGCCCCCUGGGAUACCCAGACAGUGGAGUGCUGGGGAACCUGGCGGGGGGAGCGCAGGCGGUGGGCCUGGGGGAAUGGCAGGGCAUGCUCAUACGCACGCACAUGCACAUGCACAUGGGCAUGGGCAUGCGCCAGGGGUACCCAGGCAAAGGAGUGUCGGGGAAGUAGUUGGGGUAGGGCAACAGCAGGGCAGCGCCGUCAGUGCUGCUAGCACCAAUCGCGUGCAUUUCCCACCGGAGCGCAUGGCUGGGCGAUGGGAGGGGGGUGGUGGGCAGGAGGGCUCGUUUGACCAAUGGCAGAUUGAGGAGCCUGUCACAGGGGGGGAUGGACAGGGAGGGGGGGGUGCGGUGGCAGCAGCAGCAGCAGCAGGAGGAGGGGGAGGGGCACAGGGAGGGGUGCAGAUGCGCAUGGGUAGGCCAUCGUCCCCUCAGCUGGGGGGUCGACCCACUCCUCCCCCCGGCCAUGUGUCCCCGCACAGGGCUCGAAGCUCCCGGCUCAAGGAUAGCAGCUCUUCAGGUGGGCUCGCAGCAGGCCACACUGGUUCAGGUGGUUCUCUAGGUGCUGGUGGAGGUCCGGGCGGCGUAGCUUCAGGUGGUAUCAACAGAGCGGAGAUUGCGGCCGGCAGGCGGGCGGCAUGGAGGAGGAGCAGCAGCAUCGGGGCCGGCGAGACUCGGAGCGGAGCGGCUGACAUGCCAAGGCCGACGUCGCCACAGCUGUUUGGAAGCAUCAAGGAAACAGCCAGGGAAGGUUCCUCAGGUGCUCCGUUCUCUGCAUUCCAGGGGCAGCACCACGUGCAACAACAUGGGCAGCAGCAGCAGCUCUCAGCGCAGCAGCAGCAGCAUCAGGUGGGCGGCAGAAGCAGCCCGUCCCAGGUGUCACCUUCCAAGUGGAGGCCUCAGCUCGGCACAGUUAAUUCUUCCAUGCCAGUAGGAAUGGCAGGUGGAUCUGGGGCAGGCUCAUCUGAUGGAGGUGUUACUGCUGGUGGUGCCAGUGGUGGUGGAGUAGGGGAAGGUAGUGCUGGUGGGAUUGCUGGGCAGCAGCAGCAGCAGGGUGGCAUGGUUCGGCCUAGGACUGGUCAUGCUCGUAGGCAUUCAUUUGCUGUUGGAUCUGGGUCGUUUGAUUUUGCCUCUCAACCACCGAGCUCGUAA